AUGUCAGUUGAGUUGAAGCCGAAGACUUUACAAUUGUUCGGAGAUUGUCGAUUUAGAAGCGCGGCGAGGAUUUUCCAAGAGGAGUCGAGCCGGAUGAUUGAAGUUGAUAGCGAACCGAUGACGAUGAUGGUUGAGGAAUUCAAGUCCCGAGCGUUCAGAGUUUCAACGGUUGACGAGCCAACCCUAACCGGUUGU